AUGCACAAUCUUUUAAGAACAUUAUCACCUCAACAAAAACGGAAAUGGCCUGAACAUCUGCCCGAACUCAUUUAUGUAUAUAAUUCAACAACCCAUUCUUCUACUGGGUAUACACCAUAUUUCCUUAUGUUUGGACGAGAUCCGACCUUACCUAUCGAUCAUCUUCUCGGACUUCCAACAACCAAAAUUUCUUCAACAGAUGAAUACGUUGUGCAACACGGAAAAAGGCUUCGAACAGCGAUGGAGAAUGCUAAGCAAAAUCUGGAUGAAAGUGCUCUUCGUAGAAAAGACCUCUACAACAGAGAUGCCAAAGAAAGACCCCUUUCAAUUUGUACCCGUGUUUUAAUGCGGAACAGAAUUCAGGGCAGAAACAAGAUACAAGAUAUCUGGAAUUCUACACCUUAUAAAGUUAUACAGGAUUUAGGGGAUAAUGUAUAUUCUGUACAACUAGCAGAUGGUACUGGUCCAACGAAAAAUGUGACUCGUAGAGAACUCUUGGAUACAGGUGAAUUAGUGUCGAGUGAUUCAGAAGGUGAAACCUCAAUUUCUGAUUCAGAUUUCGUAAAGAGUGACGAAAGCUUUCGUGCAGUGUUAGAUUUUCGGACAGAGGAUGUGCAUCAAGACAACGGAGAUAAUCAUCAUCAUUCGGAGCAAGAAACUCCCGUACAAUCAGAAACUCCCGUACAAUCGGAAACUCCCGUACCGCUAAGACGUUCGAGUAGAAGUACCGCAGGUAAACAUUCAAACCCACAUUACUUACCUCGUUCGACAGUGCGGACACAAACAGCUGUGACAAGUGAAAGUAACUUUCAAGAACUAAGUCAGGCUGUCGCAAAUCUUGGAGCCACUCUGGGAGAAACACUAAGCAAAGCGUGGUCUCAAUAUAAACAUUAA